AAUGUCAAUGUCAAAGUCAAGCAGGAGAAAAGAAUGGUCGAAGAUGUGUCGGGCGUUGUAAAAUAAAAGUCGAUUUUAGAACAAUUUUUUAAGAUUUUUCAUUACCUUUGCCCUUAAAACACUUUGUGCAAUAAAAUCUGGAACUUAUAUAUUACAAUAUCUAAUUUGAUAGACCAAAACCCAGCAUGGCAGACAGAAAAGCUGAAUUAGAACGUAAAAAGGCCAAACUCCAAGCCCUUCGAGAAGAAAAGGAGAAGAGACGAAAGGAAAGGGAACUUAAAGAUGCCAAAGAGGCUCAGGACAGGGUUUUGGUCGCAGGAGGUGAUAGCAAAGAUAUAGAUAAGAUGUUAUCUGAAGUUGGGGUGGCCCCUAUAUCAGAUAUUUACUCCAGCAUAUCAAGUGCAGCAAAUUCCUUGACUCCUGAACCUACCAGAAACCAUACGCCUGAUGCAUCUUUGCAGAUGAACAGUUUGCCAAACAAUGUAAUUGCUGUAAAGAAAAAGGCUCCACAACUGACAGUUGUUCCAGUACAAACUACUAGCAUUCCACCAAAAGAAGUUGUUGUUUACACUAAGCAAACACAGACCACUGCAACUGGACAUGAGCUUGUACGAGAUGGAUUUUCUUCCGCAUCGUCAUCACCACUUAAAGGCUAUAUGGAGGAUUGGUGGAGACCGCGCAAAGCACACGCGACAGACUAUUACGACGAAUACAACCUUAAUCCAGGUUUAGAGUGGGAAGAUGAGUUCACAGGAGAAGACGAGGACAGCUCGCUGCCGCACCUCGGAGGGGUUAGCAAGCUGCCUCCCGGAAUUCUGCCCCCUGGUCUGCCUCAGGUGAAGGAAGUGCAGCCGGCCAUCACGCAAGUCGAGCAGGACUCGAAGAAAGAGGAGAUUAAAGAGAUUAGAGAACUGAGCGAAGAAGAAAAACAGAUGAUCAUACUCUCCGACGAUUUCCAACAGUUCAUAGAUAGAGCGGGCAGAAUUAUCGACAGGGCGCUAUCAGAAAACGUUGAUAUCUGCACAGACUACUCCUGCGACGGCGAGGACCCUCUAGAGGAGAAACUGCACCAGAGGAUAUCGUUCAAUAGGACGUUCUUCGAUGAAAGGUGGUCAAAAAACCGAUCGGUAACUUCCUUGGACUGGUCUCCCCAGUUUCCAGAACUCUUACUGGCAUCUUAUACGAAUAACGAGGAAUCUCCGAACGAUCCAGACGGGGUAGUGUUGGUUUGGAAUACCAAAUUUAAAAAAACUACCCCCGAGUAUAUAUUCCACUGUCAGAGUGCCGUAUUAUCUACGACAUUUGCAAGGUUUCAUCCGAACUUAAUCCUUGGCGGCACUUACUCGGGUCAGAUCGUUUUAUGGGACAACCGAGUUCAGAAGAGGACACCUAUACAGCGGACACCUUUAUCUGCCAGUGCGCACACGCAUCCGGUCUAUUGUAUGGCCGUAGUGGGCACCCAAAACGCGCACAAUCUCAUAAGUAUCUCGACGGAUGGCAGGAUGUGUUCGUGGUCCUUGGACAUGUUGGGGCAGCCACAAGAGAUUUUGGAUUUACAUAGGAUGCAGGGCAAACCGGUGGCCGUGACGUGCUUGGAUUUUCCCAGUUCGGAUGUUAAUAAUUUUGUGGUUGGAUCCGAAGAAGGUGCGGCCUAUUCAGCAUGUCGACACGGAACGAAAGCGGGUAUAAUAGAAACGUACGAGGGCCAUCAAGGGCCUGUAACUGGUAUCAGCGUGAACGCAGUACAAGGCGGAAUCGAUUUUUCCCAUAUGUUCCUUACUUCCUCGUUUGACUGGACUAUUAAGUUGUGGAGCCUUAAGGACACAAAACCGAUUUACUCGUUCGACGAUAACGGAGAUUACGUCUUAGACGUGAAAUGGUCUCCGGUCCAUCCGGCCUUAUUCGCCGCAGUCGACUGUUGCGGGCGUUUAGACUUGUGGAACCUUAACCAGGACACCGAAGUACCAGCGGCCAGUAUGACCGUGGACGGAAUGCCCGCUUUAAAUAAGGUGUCCUGGACUCCGUCGGGGUUGCAUGUUACCGUUGGAGAUAAUACCGGAAAGAUUCAUGUGUACGAUGUGGCGGAGAACUUCGCGCAUCCAAGGCACGACGAAUGGAACAAAUUCCUUUACACUACACAGGAACUGAGGAACAGCCAAGUGGACGAGGAAUUAGAGAAAUUAAAUCAUUCUAUAUCCAGCGUACCUAGCAUGACAAACACUUCUUUUUAAAUGUAUCGAUACUCUUAGCUUGAAAACGCUUUUAGGACAUUAACCAUUUUCCCCUUUGCUCCUCGGCCCUUUAGUCCAUUUAUUUAUACAAAAUACACUGGACUUAACGGGUAACUUAUAAGAAAAAAUUAUUAAAAUAAGUGCAACCCCGUUUACCACAAUGUAGCGAAUGCUAAUGUGUGUGUUAAAUAGUUCAUAUAAUCCAAAUUAUCUUAAUAAAUAUGGUGAUUUUUAUUUUAACUUUAAACUAGACGGCCAUAACUAAAGAGUUGCACUAAGAGUUUGCCCCCUUUUAAUUAUUUUCCAUUGCAGAAAAAGAUUAAAAGAUUGGAAACGGUAUCAUUGUGAUUACUAACUUGUACUUGUAUAGAGAAAACGGAUUAGGUGUGAAUUUUUUUACUCAGAAAUAGAUUGUAAAUCUUCUUGUUAUUUUUUUUUUGUUAACCGAUAAAAACCGUUCAAGGGGAGUGGAAAACAUUAUUUCCGCUCCCUCUGAUCAUAAAAUUAUUACAUAACAAUAUGUGCUUAAAAAAAGAAAAUAAUUAUAUAAAAAUAAUAUUAGUAACACAAGACGUAAAUAACGAUGGGUUUUUCCAUUCAUUUUGGUUAGUGAUUUAUCUGAAGCUUUCCCCUCAUUUUUGGUUUGUUAAUUUUGCAUGUAAAUAGCUAAUUUAUUUUUAAUAUUAACGAUACCCUAGUGAUUUUUUUUGAUACUUAUUAUUGAUUGUUUUAUAUAUUUUGUGCCGCUGUGUACAUAUUAUUAUUAAAUUAUUUGAAAUUAAAGCGUCAUUUAAUGAGGAGAAA